UGGCAUUACAUCAUUAUGAGAGUUUGUGGUUAAUUUGAGUGGGUGUGGCUAUCAGUGGCAUGUGGUCACAUGACAGGCUAGCUCCAACCUGAUUGGCUGGUUUGUCUUCAUCCAUUAUUAACAAGUGGUUUGGACUCAGGCUAUAUUAAUUUAUGGUGCCUCUUUUGUAGAGGAGAAAAAAAGAUUUCUUCACCUCUUUGUAUCUAAGGACAUCAUUCAAGGAAAGGAGAAAGAUAGUAAGAACAAGAGGUUUAAGAUAAAGUAAAAUGGCGGGUAGAUUGACCGAGUCAGGCAUUGGCAAGAGGAAGAGACCACGUGUAUUUGAAGAAAAGGAUGAAGAUGAAAAGCAGACAUCUUCAUCAAAGCACUCAAGCAUUACUGGAGAUUCGGGUGAUUCUGAUUCGGAUCAUGGACUAGUGAUAGCAGAUCCAGAAAUGGAGCAAACUAACAAUGAUUCUCCCUCAGGCAGUGGUGGCAGCAAAUCUCCAGAUUCCAUUGAAGACCUACCAAUGGAAGCAUUGAUUGCUUCCACUCUUAAUCAUUUCAGUUCCUGCCUUCGCCCUUCUCUCAUGGAGCUAUUCCCAGCUGCAUCGAGUGCAGAGAUAAACUCCAUCAUCAACACAAAAUGGAAAGCGUUGAAAAAAGCACGUAGGGAACAGGCGGGUAACCUAGGUUCUAGAAAAUUAUCGAAUAAAGUUGAAGAGGAUGAGCAGAAAGAGGCAUCCCGCCCAAGACGAAAAGCAGCGAGGAAUGUUGCUAUGAAUGCUUAUCUUGAUGAUGAUAAUGAUGAUACUUCUUAUGCUGAUUCACCAGCCACUACUGAGGAUUGUGAUACAAUGGAUGAUGAACAAGGAGGGGGUGGGGCAGGGGGAGGAGCCAAAGGUAGAAAGCGGAAAAGACCUAUUGUAACUAGUAUUGGUCAGAAAGUCCCUCGUAUUAAAAUACGCAUGAUUGGUAGAUCUCGUAAUAACGAUAGUCCAAUUUUCACUCAAUCACUUGAAGAACAACCUCGUGCAUCUGGGAAGAGGAGUGGCAGAAAAAAGAAAGGAGCAACUGAUUCAGAAGCUAGUUCGGUUCACUUAGAAGACGAGCGAGAUGACCUUAUCCAUCUCUCACGGAGCCCCUCGGCAACAGAAGAAGACGAAGAUGACUCAAUGUCUGAUGGAGACCAAGAUGAUGACAGUGAAGAGCAGGAUGAUUCCGAUGGGGAACACGCCGACUAUUGCCACAUUUGUCAAGAUGGUGGUGAGCUCCUCUGCUGUGAUCGAUGCCCCAAGGCCUAUCACUUACAGUGCCUUUAUCCUCCACUGAAGAAAAUACCAGACGGUACUUGGCACUGUCCUCGUUGCACGGUUAAAGCACUGCCUGGUCAUGUUGAGAAGAUAUUGACAUGGCGCUGGGUGAAGGUUGAGUCUGAGGAAGAGGAAGAGGAGGGAGAUGACUCCGCCAUUGUUGGUAAGAAAAUAUAUGCAUGUACAUAUUGUACAUGUAGUGCUGCAUGUGCAAUAAAGUACAUGUACAUGUAAAACUUUAGUGCGUAUACAUGUAGCCCAAAAAGUUUGCGGGAUUUAUAUUUUGCAAUUUUUGUGCUACUAGAGCAGAUUUGGAAUUUAAUUUUGCUGGUAUAGGCGUGAGCUGUUGACACGCCCAUUAACUAUAGCGCUUUGCAGAAUCGAUUUGUGUUUUUAAUGAUGAACAGCAAACAGCAACAUUAAAUUCCAGCAGCUAUACGGUAUUUUUAAGAUGUUGGUUCAUUAAAGUAUUGUAAGUACAUAUAUUAUGUGCAGGCUGAUCAGUACAUGGUUAGAAUUCAAUACAAUGUACUGUAUAUACAUUGUGAUGAUGCAGACUCACUUUUAUGGCUUGAUGAAGUGGGCAGUUUCUUGAUUAUUAUUAAUGAUAUUUUAAAAAAUAACUAUGCUUGCAAGACACAUACACAUGUACUAGGAAUACUAAGAUUACUGUUAUGUGGCCCUAAUGGCUGUCAACACAAUACUAUAGGAUCACUACUAGCCCUAAUGGCUCAACU